UGCAAAAAGAAUGGAUGAUGGGGAAAGUAGUUGGACAGUAAAUUCAAGGCAUCGAAAUACUCAGAAGUUGAUAGUGAUGACGAGCAGGAGAAUCAAAUUGUUCUAUUUUCACAGCCAGAUAUACCCUCCAGAGUUGAAUGUAGCCAAGCAAGGGUGAAUGACACUAUCAAUUCAUCACGGGUAGCUGUACGAAGCCCUGUUUCAGAUUCUGAAUCAACUGGGAGCAUUGACGGUGAUGGAAAUGGAGCAGAACAUGUUCCAUGUGUGAUGUGGGGACGAGUUCAAGAGGCAUUAAACAAGAUGCUACUAGACAAGAGUGAUGAUCCGGCCUUGUUCUGUCGCGAUGCACCUCCUGUCUUUAAUGAUGGAAAAGGUGCAGAUGUUGAAACUGCUUUGGCGGAUAUAAACUAUGAAGGAGACAAGCUGUUUGUCGGACGUGUGUUUAAGUCAAAAGCGGAUUGCAAGCUGAAGAUUGCUAUUCACGCAAUCAACAGGAAGUUCCAUUUUCGCACCACUAGGUCAACUCCUAAGUUCAUGGUCUUGAAGUGUAUUUCAAAAACCUGCCCAUGGCGGGUUUAUGCAGCAAAAGUGGAUGCAUCUGAGAACUUCCAAAUCCGUCAAGCCAAACUGACGCACACAUGCACGGUUGAUGAGAGGCGUAGCUACCACAGGUUAGCUACAACACAAGUUAUAGGUGAGAUUAUGCAAUCUCGAUUUGUGAAUAUCAAAAGAGAUCCCAAUGCUGCUGUCAUUCGCAAGUUUCUGCUAGAUGAUUUCCACAUCAACAUUUCAUAUUGGAAAGCAUGGCGUGCAAGGGAGAUUGCAAUGGAAAAGUCUAUGGGUUCUAUGGCUGGAAGUUAUGCUCUGUUACCGGCAUACAUCGCUUUGCUUCAGCAAACUAAUCCUGGAUCACUUUGUUUUUCGGCCCAUUCUGAUGAUCCAAAAGGUCCUACACGUUUUAAAUACCAGUUCAUAGAAUUGGCUGCAUCCGUAAAAGGUUAUCAAUACAUGAGGAAGGUCAUUGUGGUCGACGGGACAUCAAUGAAAGGGCGAUUUGGAGGAUGCUUACUGUCUGCUAGUUGCCAAGACGGGAAUUUUUAGGUUUUUCCCUUAGCAUAUGCUGUCGUUAAUAGUGAGAAUGAUGAAGCAUGGGAGUGGUUCUUUAGGCGGUUAAACGUAUUUGUCCCUGACACAACCGAGUUGGUUUUCAUAUCAGACCGCCAUUCUAGCAUUUACAGCGGUUUAAGGAAGGUUUACACGGACGCGAAUCAUGCUGCCUGUACUGUUCAUCUGUGGAGGAAUGUAAAGCACUUGUACAAGCUCCAAACCCUAGCUGGUUUAAUGUCAGCUGCAGCCAGAGCCUAUGUAGUUGAUGACUUCAACAAAAAUUUCCUCCAAAUUCAAAAGCUAAGCCCAGGAUGUGCUGCAUAUCUUGUUGACAUAGGAUUCUCUCAUUGGACAAGGGUCCAUUCUAUGGGAAAGCGGUACAACAUAAUGGACAGCAACAUCGCCGAAUCCUGGAAUAGUGUACUGAAAGAAGCUAGAGACUAUCCAUUGAUAUGCAUGCUUGAAUACAAUCGUACAACUCUUAUGGAUUGGUUCGCUUUCCGUAGAGCCAGGGCUGCACGGUCACAAACCACCUUAGCUCCCAAAGUUCGCAGCUUAGUAGAAGCUAAUUUUGAGCUGGCAAUGGCCAUGUCAGUAAGGCCAAUAAGCGAGUUCGAAUUUCAAGUUCAAAUUACAAGUGGUGAA